AAUAUGCUGACACCCAGAACAACUAUAAUAUUAAUGAACUUCCCCGUUUACUGACGCGCUUCGUCACACCCAGUUUGGCCCUUGGGCUGGAAGCAGACUAUGGAUGUUUGAAGUACAUCCAUAAGUACUUCAAUACAGGUCGCUUAAUAUGAACAGCUCUAUAUUAACAACGGCUUUCGCGGGCACAGCGGCACAGGAGGAGGACUCUCUCGGGCUGCCAACUUACGCGCAGUUCAAGAAAUAUGCCGCGUUCCGGACCGAAAUAGCUGACUUCGGUAUCGACCUUCGGCAGCUCACACGGCUGCUGGCGGAGUGCCACUACGGCGUGGGAGUGGGCGGGUUGGGGUUGGGUGACCUGCCCAUCUUGUUCAACGCCAACGCCCAGAAGGCGGGCGUGCUGGGCUUUGAGGGCGUGCUGCGGCUGUGCAGGACGCUGCGGCCGCGGCUGGCCAAGGUGGAGGACAUGCUGUCAGCGGACACAGACAACCAGCGCGACCCUGUCAAGUACCGUCCCUCAACAGCAGGGCCGCGCCUGGGUGGCAGCGGCGGCGGCACGGGUCUGUUGCAUACCAGCCGCACGCUCCGGCGGGGCGACACCAGCGCCACACCGCUGGACUUUGCGAGCGCCAUGGCAAUCGGCGGCGAGCCGAUGUCGGCCACGGGGGCCGGAGGUGGCGGCGGGGGGAGUUCGGGGCCGACGCCGAUGGCGCGUGGCGUGUCGUUCCGACAGCACCCCGGCAUGCUGGGCCGGCAAGACAGCAGCGCUAGCAUGGCAGGUCCCGGCCCCGACGGCCCCGGCGGCGUCGGCAUGGGCUUGUCUCCUCGCGGCCGCCCCGCCAGCGCCAGCCGCCUCGGUGCGCUCGGACGCGGCGGCGGCGGUGGCGGUGCUGGCGCCGGUGACGACGGUGCGGGGCCGUCGACAUCGGGGCGAGGAGCAGGCGGUGGUGGAGGGUACGGGGGAGGCAGCUUGUUGGGCCUGAUGGCGAUGAAGGACCCGCCGGUGUUGUUGCGCGAGGCGCUGCCGCCGCCGCCCUGUGCGUUUCCGGCCAUUUCGGCUCGCAUCAGCGGCAUCCAGGUGUUGUACCGCGACGGCGAGAUGACACGGGUGGCUCUGGCGCUGCGCGACCUGCAGCGGGACUGGGAGACGGCGUGCGCCGCCGCCGCGCUGUCGCGUGUCAUUCAGCGCGGCGGUCGGAGUCAACCGCCGCCGCUGGCGCAGGGAUCCGGCGGCGGGCCGGAUGACGGGCAGGGCGGCGCACGCGGCGAGAUCCCGCUGGAGGGCCGAAUCUGGUUGCUGCUGCUGCACGGCUGCUGUCUAAUGUUGGAGGGGCGGCACAAGAACGCACGGCGCAGUCUGCAGGCCGCUGAGAGCCUGUUCAACCCCAACGUGCUGGGCCUGGAGCACCCCUACCACUACUGCAUCCACCUCUGCUUCGGGUUGCUUGGCUACUAUGAGCAGCAGUAUGAGGAGGCGAUCGAGAAGUUCGAGAGCGCCCGCGAGCUGGCGGACCUGGUGUCGCGCGGCUCGUUGGACGUCACCGCGCGCCGUAACGCCGCCGCCUGCCGCAACAACAAGGGCGUGUGUCACUCGCUGCUUGGCAACCGAGCUGAGGCCGUUGCCGAGUUCCGCUCCGCCUACGCGCUGGUGCGGGCAGCAACUGGGGUGCCCGAGGUGCCGGAGGCGGUGGUGGCGCUGCGCAACCUCAACAAGGCUCUUAAGCAGGGCUUUGCGCUCAACACGUCGCGGCUGCGGCCUACCAGCGCGCCGCCCAUGUACGCACACGUGGGCGUCACAUCCAUCGCCAAGGCGGACAGGCUCACCACCUUCCUACAGAACGCCAUCACCAUGCGCCCCCCCGCGCCCGUGGCGGCGCUGCCGGCCUGGUGCGAGAAGGUGAGCGCUGACGACAUCGUGGCGAGGAAGAAGGCCAAGGAAGCUGCCAAGAAGGCGGCGGACAAGGCCAAGAGCGCGGACCCCAAAAAGGCAAAACCCAAGGCCAAGAAGCCGCCGCCCUUCAUUGCCAUGGAGAACUUCCCCGCACCCUCCUACAACCUGGCCAACGUCAAGAUGGAGGCAAAGAAGAAGGGCGCCAAGAAGAAGGCGGCGGCGUAGGUGGCCCUCAGACCUUCGUCCAUAGUGACGUCUUCGGCGUCCCUGCCUUGCUGCUUCUGUUGAGGCGCCGCCGUGCCUGGCACGGCACGUUGGCACGCUUGUGGGGGGUCAGGUGCAUGUGGCAAUGGCGUUAUGGCGGUGUGAGUGCAUUCGCUGGUUGGCGGAAAGCUGCGCAUGUUGGUGGCGUGGUGUGCGCCGUGCGCCCUAGCGUGCGUAGAGGUUCAGGCCCUUCCAGGCCAAGGCGGUACGUGCGGCACAGGCUGGUGCAUCUCAAGGUAGAGUUCUGACACUGUAGGAAGGAUGUUGUACAUAUUGGUACG